UUUUUUUUUAAACAUUUCAUAUAUUGUUUUUUUCGAAACACCUGUCAGCAGCUGCAGAAGGGGAAGAACACUACCCGCCAAGGCGCCAACGCCACUUCCUUCCUUCCGACCCUGCCCUGGAAAUACUCUCCCCACAAUCCAAUUUCGCCCAACAACAAAUAAUUUCCCCCGAUUCGCUCGGCCCCUUCCUUCUCUUCCAACCCCUUCAAAUUCCGCCAAAGUUUCCUGCUUUGUACCGUGCCCAUCGUUCACAAGGAAGGAGGGAAGGAACACACAAAAGGGUUCUUCUUUUUUGCGGAGGGAGAAGAGAGAAAGAUGGCAGCAGCUGCCGCCUCUUCUUUCAAUUUCUCUUCUGCUUCUCCUCCUUCCACUCCUUCCUCUUCCCGAGGCUCCCCUGCCCACGAUUACUCCUUCAAGAUUCUCAUGAUCGGGGAUUCCGCCGUCGGCAAGAGCAGUAUCCUCCUCAAAUUCAUCUCCGACUCCGAUCACGAGCCCUCUCCCACUAUUGGUGUGGACUUCAAAAUGAAGACCGUCGUGGCCAAUGAUAAACGAUUGAAGCUUACGAUAUGGGAUACAGCUGGACAGGAGAGAUUUGGAACUUUGACAACAUCUUAUUACAGAGGAGCACAUGGGAUCGUUCUUGUUUAUGACGUCACAAAAAGAGAUACAUUCACAAACCUGUCGGAGAUAUGGGCUAGAGACGUGGAACAUUAUUCUACCAAUCAUGAGUGUGUCAAGCUUCUAGUUGGGAACAAAGUUGACAAGGACAGUGAUCGCGCUGUAAGCAGAGAAGAAGGGAUGGCUCUAGCACAAGGGCUUAAGUGUUCGUUUGUCGAAUGCACUGCUAAAUCUAGAGAAAGCGUGGAGCAACUAUUCAGAGAGCUUAUAUUAAAGAUAUUUGAAGUACCUGCCCUGUUGGAAAAGGGAUCUGGAGUACCGAAGACAACCACGAUUCGAGCAGACAGACAAGCGUCCCAACAAGGUCGAAGAAAUGGCUGCUGUUCUUGAUCGGAGUGUCCUACAAGCAUCGGCAUUGCAGAGAUUGGAACAUAUAUUCAAAUAUGAUUGAAUGUUAGUUGCCAACUAAAAGGUGCUUAACUGGAAGGUUCAAAAGUCUACUACUGUACAUUGUUCAUGCAACCAACAGUGCUCUUGAUGGUGUCUCCUCCGGAUCCAACCAAAUCAAAUAUACCUCAAAACUCUUCCUAGGAGUUGGGGGUCUUAACUAAAGAUCCCUAUACAAUGAGUAGGGAGUCUUCGAAAAAUUUGGCCAUCAACCGCUUGCUCGAGGGGCUAGUCGCUGAGGAAGAGUUUAGUGGGGUACUCUAGAGCUUAAUGUCAAAUCUGUAUACCGUUGUUGUUCGCUCGGUGUCAAAAAGAGUUUUAUCAGUUUUAUCAUCUGUGUUCAUACAAUGGUAGAAGAGAGUGUGUAUUGUUGUUGCUUGUAAUUGAGAGAUGAAAGAAAAGUCACAAACAUACAGCAGGUUCUCUGUCCUUGUACCAGUAGAAGCCACAGCACUUUCAGCAGAUUCAUUAUCACUUAAUUUUUUUAUUUUGAUUGCUGGAUUACUCCCAAAGCAAAACACGCCCUUUACUACUCAGUACUCACUCUAAGAAAUCCAUGUCAGAAAGCACUAACCUGAC